AUGGAGAACCCAUUCCAUAACCGUGUUGGCACGAUGGUCCGCAACAUUUCCAACAAGUUUAACGAGUACGAGGCGGUCGUGGAAGAGCACUUGACAAAGACACAAACACGAGUCAAAGACAAACUGAGAAGCAACAAGAAAUCACCCAAUGGAGUCGAACACGGCGAGGCCUCUCCAGCGAACCGUUUCUCUGUUGUCGGAGAGCAGUUAGCCCACACAUCCGGGCGACUGAGAGAUAGACUCAGCAGCCACGAACGAAACAUCUCCGAGAAAACAGCGCAUAUCCUGUCGAAAGCUGGCGUGUCCAAGAUGUUUCAUUCACUUCGUGAAGAGCUUCAUCGAGACACAGCAUCGACCGAGUCUUUUAAUGCAAAGAGGUCAGACGAUGACCCGAAGGGAUCAAUCGGCUCUCAAAAACCAGUUGAGGGGCUAAACGUGUCAAUUCUACACGGACGAUGA